UCAUUCCUCUCUCUAGAUUCUAGAAGAAAAAAAAAUUCUUCAAAACUUCAAUUUCAAUAUCGGCGAAUUUCACAAAUUACUGACAUACGCAUACAUACUAUAUGGAGAAUUUUUUACGGUAGAGAAUAGUCGUACGUUUGUGUACCACCUGGCAACUGCACAAAAGUUCAUAUUUCCAGGUGUGCUUUCAAGAGAAAUCCAAUAGGGAAGAAAGGAGGAAAUUCAAUUCAAUCAAAGCCCACAGUAAAAAUAUCUCUUGGAGUUCGGUAAAACCCAUAUUUUAACUUCUGUUAAUCAAAUCCCAAUCCGAAGAUUUUCGAUCCCAUAAGACCAGCUUAAUUUUGCUUUUACUAUAAGAGUUUUAUCUUCUCGCUUCCACUUCAACUCUUUUCGAGGGGUUACAUAGACUUGAAGUUUUUUGUUGGGUUUAUGUUAACUUUUGGAGGAAUUAAGAAAGUUGGUUGGCUUGAAAGAUUGGAUUUCGGAAGGAUUAAAAGCUGAGUUUUUGGGUAUUGGGGUGGUUGAUAUUAAUACAGGGGGUCUUACUGGUUUUGAGGCAUUUGAUAAAAAUCCGAUAUUGAGCUUUUGAAGGGUGAUUGUACAUAUAUACACAGAUAUAUAACGACGGUCGAAAUGGUGACUGGGAAUUUGUUUCACAGUAGAAAGAAUUCGUGGCCACCGGAGGAGUAUAUCAACCGAAACACUUUGCAUUUGCUUGAUUUUGAUAGUGCUGCUCCUCCGGAACAAGCAUGGAGAAGGAAUUUAAAUAGCCAUGCUAGUAUUCUUAAAGAAUUCAGUGUUACAUUUACAGAAGCAAUAAAAAUGUUUCGACUUGGGUUACGUUUGUGGCAUUAUAUACGGGAAGAGGCAUCCCAUGGAAGGAAAGCACCAAUCGAUCCUUUUACUCGAGAAAGUUGUAAGCCUUCGGCAUCACAAGGAGUUCCACUUGGAGGGAUGGGAAGUGGAAGUAUUUCCCGAGGUUUUAGAGGGGAAUUCAGGAGUUUUCAAAUUCUUCCUGGAAUAUGUGAGACUUCUCCUGUCAUGGCCAAUCAAUUUUCAAUUUUCAUAUCUCGAGAUGGAGGGAACAAAAAAUAUGCAUCAGUUCUGGCUUCUGGCCGGCAUGAAGGGUUAGGAAAAUCUGGCGAUCAUGGUAUAUCAUCAUGGGGUUGGAAUUUGACUGGGCAGCAUUCUACAUAUCAUGCUCUUUUUCCUAGGGCGUGGACAAUAUACGAUGGGGAACCAGACCCAGAAUUGAAGGUGUCCUGUCGGCAGAUAUCACCAUUUAUACCACACAAUUAUAAAGAGAGUAGUCUCCCCACAGCUGUUUUUGUUUACACUUUGGUAAAUACUGGCAAGGAAAGGGCAAAGGUCAGCCUUCUUUUUACGUGGGCGAAUUCAAUUGGAGGUAUCUCGCACCUGUCAGGAGAUCAUGUGAACGAGCCAUUUAUAGGAGAAGAUGGAGUUUCAGGCGUACUGCUACAUCACAAGACGGCAAAAGAUAACCCUCCUGUUACUUAUGCCAUAGCUGCAUGUGAAACUCAAAAUGUGAGCGUAUCGGUUUUGCCUUGUUUCGGAUUGACCGAAGAAAGCUGCGUAACGGCGAAAGAUAUGUGGGGUAAAAUGACAGAGGAUGGGUAUUUUGACCGGGAGAACUUCAGUAAGGGGCCAACCAUGUCAUCGUCACCUGGAGACACACAUUGUGCUGCAGUUUCUGCUUCUACAUGGGUUGAACCUCAUGGAAAGUGCACUGUUGCAUUUGCUGUUGCAUGGUCCUCUCCCAAAGUUAAAUUUUGUAAAGGGAAAUCCUAUAAUAGGAGAUACACUAAAUACUAUGGCACUUCGGAAAGGGCUGCUGAAGACUUGGUGCACGACGCACUGACAAAUUAUAAGCUUUGGGAAGAAGAGAUCGAGAAAUGGCAGAAUCCUAUCCUCAGAGAUGACAAACUACCAGAAUGGUACAAAUUUACUCUGUUCAAUGAGCUCUAUUUUCUGGUUGCUGGAGGAACAGUUUGGAUCGACUUUGAUGCACUUGCUCAGAAGGCUACGGAUAGUGGUUCUAGUAGGUUUGUUGAUGUUGGUUCCAGAGAUUGUGAUGAAACUACUUCUGAUAGAUAUCCGAAUAAAGAGAAUUUGAGUACUACUGAGAAUGGUGAACCAAAAGGUUGUUUUACUUCCUAUAACAAGGCGAUGGACCCUGUGAACGAUACUGAUGAUGUAGGUAGGUUUCUGUAUUUGGAAGGUGUGGAAUAUAUUAUGUGGUGUACAUAUGACGUGCACUUCUAUGCAUCUUUUGCUCUUCUUGAGCUAUUUCCCAAAAUCGAACUCAGUAUUCAACGGGAAUUCGCAAAAGCUGUCUUAUGUGAGGAUGAUAGAAAAGUGAAGUUUUUAGCGGAGGGGAACUGGGGAAUCCGCAAGGUGAGGGGAGCCGUGCCUCAUGAUCUUGGAACACACGAUCCAUGGCACGAAAUGAAUGCAUAUAAUAUACAUGACACUAGUAGAUGGAAGGAUUUGAACCCGAAGUUUGUGCUCCAAGUGUAUAGAGACUUUGCUGCAACAGGUGAUUUCUCUUUCGGAACAGAAGUGUGGCCUGCUGUCCGUGCUGCAAUGGAGUACAUGGAACAAUUUGAUCGGGACAAUGAUUGUCUAAUUGAGAAUGAUGGGUUCCCAGAUCAAACGUACGAUGCUUGGACUGUUCAUGGAAUAAGUGCUUACUGUGGUUCGUUAUGGCUUGCUGCGCUUCAAGCUGCUGCCGCAAUGGCCAUUCAACUUGGCGACACUCCAUUUGCAGAAAAAUGCAAAGGUAAAUUCAUUAAGGCCAAAACUGUAUAUGAAGAUAAACUUUGGAACGGCUCCUACUUUAACUAUGAUAGUGGGUCAAGUAGCAACAGUAAAUCAAUCCAAGCAGAUCAACUGGCUGGACAGUGGUAUACUGCAUCUUCAGGCUUGCCCGAUCUUUUCAACAGUUUCAAGAUUCAAAGUUCGCUUCAGAAAAUCUUCGACUUUAAUGUUAUGAAAGUCCGAGGAGGCAGGAUGGGUGCUGUAAACGGAAUGCAUCCAAAUGGAAAGGUGGAUGAGACCUGCAUGCAGUCCCGGGAAAUAUGGAGUGGAGUAACCUAUGGAGUCGCUGCAACCAUGAUUCUUGCAGGGAUGGAGGAGCAGGCUUUUACUACAGCAGAAGGUAUAUUUAUCGCAGGCUGGUCAGAAGAGGGAUUCGGAUACUCAUUUCAAACUCCGGAAGCAUGGACCAUAGGUGGUCACUUCCGAUCUCUCAUAUAUAUGAGGCCACUUUCAAUAUGGGGAAUGCAAUUUGCAUUAUCGUCAUCUAAGACCAUACUCGAGGCCCCUAAGGUUAAUGUAAUGGACAGGAUCAUUGAGUCCCCGCACACUGCAAACUGUUCUUCUCAUAAUGGAACAGGCGUUAAAAAGAUCAAGAGCAAAGCAAAGUGCUUUGGCAAUUCGGUAUUUCAUUGUUCGUGCUGAUUUAUAAGGUCAUACAUAAAGUUCGCUUUCUUGAAUUGUCAUCCCAUAGACUAGAUGUAGGUUUUGGGGAUGUUUCAAGUUUCUUUUAUAAAGUGGCAAUAAACCACAUUUAGGUGUAACUCGCAGUUUUAUUUAGAUUUGGGUUGAAACACGGUAUCAUUGGGGGUUUAAUUCAUUCAUUCUUCGUUUUGUAAAGUGAAUUACGAGUUCAAGUCUUUAUACCUUUAGUUCAUUCA